AUGGUGCGUAUGAACGUACUCUCUGAUGCGCUUAAUAGUAUCAAUAAUGCUGAGAAACGUGGGAAAAGACAAGUACUCAUUCGGCCUGCCUCCAAGGUUAUUGUACGAUUCUUAACUGUGAUGAUGAGACACGGUUAUAUAGGAGAGUUCGAAAUCGUAGACGACCAUCGAGCAGGCAAAAUCGUUGUCAAUCUCAACGGCCGCCUUAACAAAUGCUCAGUUAUCUCUCCACGUUUUGAUAUCAAGCUCAAGGAUAUCGAGCAGUACACCACGAAUUUGCUGCCAUCCCGCCAAUUCGGGUACCUCAUACUAACUACAUCCGCUGGCAUAAUGGAUCACGAAGAAGCCAGAAAAAAACAUAUAGGAGGAAAGAUUCUCGGAUUCUUUUUCUGA